ACAAAAACUCAAAUGUUAUAAAUCAGGGGAAAAAAAAGUAAUACAAAAUUUAAAAUGUAUUACAACUUUACAUGGCGUUUUAUUUAUAUUUACCUAAAUAAAAUAAAUAAAAAGGAAGGAAAAAAAACAAUAAAUUAAAGAAAGACCACUUUAAAAAGAUGCUCUUUCCCUCCUCCCAACCUCCCAUGAGCUCUUUCUCAGUCUCUCUUGAAGUAAGUAAACCACACAAAGACAGAGAGAGAGAGAGAGAGAGAGUCUUUCAGACACACAUACACAGUUACAUACACAGUUACAUACACACACUAUGGAUUUGCAUGGAACCGAAUCAAGAACACAAGCUAUGUCCAGCGACUGCGACGACGAUUACAUAGACAUGGAGCUCAACCUCUCCUCCUCCUCUUCUUCCCGCUUCAUCAGCUUCGCCGUCACAUCCUCUCCGCCGCACAGCAGAGAGUUCGAGUUCCAAAUGUGCUCCUCCGCCGCAGCUUCCGGCGAGUCCACCACCUCUCCGGCCGACGAGCUCUUCUACAAAGGCCAGCUCCUCCCUCUCCACCUCCCUCCUCGUCUCCAAAUGGUCCAAAAGCUCCUCGCCUCCUCCUCCGUGGCAAUAUCCACUCCCAUCUCCCCACGCGCCGCCGCAUCCGCAUCCUCGCCGCGGAGAUUCAGCAGCAGCGAGAUCGAGCACUGUUACAUCGAGAUUUCAACGGAGCUGAAGAGCAAGAAGAUGAAACAGUCGUCGAUCACUCAAAAGCUCAAAGCUUCACGCGCUUACUUAAGAUCUCUCUUCUCGAGACCAGGAUGCUCAGAUUCGUCGGAGAUCCACACAAACCUCAAAUCGUCGAAAAAGAAGAACCCUCUCGUCAAAACAGAGUCUUUAAACACAAAGAGUCCUCCACUGAUUCAUAGAAGAUCGUUCUCCGGUGUGAUGAUACAGAGACACUCUCAGCCAAAGUGCUCUGUUUCUUCUUCUUCUUCCUCUUCUUCCUCUUCUGCGUCUUCGCUUUCGUCUUCGUUUAGUUUCGGAUCAAACGGGUCUUUGGAUCUGCAGACGCUGAUGAGAAGCAGCAACGCGGGGUCGGAGAUAGAUAACUCCAUCGAAGGAGCGAUUGAGCAUUGUAAGCAGUCGUUUACGACGAGGAAGAGCAAUGUGGGCGACUCUGAGAACUCUUCUUCGAGAACAUCUGUUUCUACUUGCGGCGAGAUUGAAAAAGGUUGAGACUUUACAAGAAACGUGACGUUCUUUGGCUCUGAUUCUCGUUCCAAAAUGAAAAAGGACAUAGAAAGUUCAAAAAGGGAACUUUUUUGUUAUACUGUUUUUUUUUCUUUUUGUAUUUUUAGAUUCUUUUGUGUGUGUUUUUGUUUGUAGAAGUUUGCUGAAAACUGAGACUUCUUUCUGUGUUAAUGUUAUAAAAAUUACUAAUUUUAAUGUUCUUGGAUUUAAAUUUGGCUUGUGAACAGAUUCUUC